UGCAAGAGAGGACAGCAAGGCGCGGGACAGGGGCAGCAAGGCCAGACGCUUUUUCCCUUGGUCGCCGUUUGUGCCGACUGCAGGCAAGGACGGGGCUGGCGCAUAUAAAGUCAAGUCGCAGCGGCCAUCGGCUCAAGCGCCGAGUGCUGGUCAUCCUCCUAGUCCGAUCCCAUCUCGCAGCCAUGAAUCUGCUCAAGUCCUCGCUCGUCCUCGCCGUGCUGGCCUCUGCCGCCCAGGCUGUCCAGGCCGCGGCCACCGCCCCCGGUCUCGUCGGCGGCUAUCUGCUCAUCGACGACCAAGGUGCCCAGAAGCUCAAGGCCCUCGCCGACAACGCCGCCACCCUGCCGCUGAACCGCAUCUGGAUCUCGUUUGUCCGCCCCGAUCUGGUCUAUGUUGCUGGCAGCAACACCCUCGAGACCGUGGGUCUGGGCUACCCCACCUCGGCCUCGGACUAUGGCUUUGCCGAGAUCAAGGGCUACGUCAGCACCCUCCAGAAGGCCGGAGUCGAGGUCUUCCUCUCGAUGGGCGGAUGGAGCUACAGCUGCUUCCCUUACCCUUACCUCGCCAACUCCAUCGCUCCCUAUGGCGGCGACAACGCCGGCAUCAUCGCGCAGUACGGCGGUGGCAACAUCAACAACUGCAACGAGUCCAACCUCUUCUGCUAUGCUUGCGAUCCCCCCAGCAACGGCGACACCAUGGCCUCGUAUGCCGUCUUCCCGGAGCCUUCCAACUCGGCUCUGUGGCAGCAGGCGCAGUCGUAUGUCCAGGCUGGUGCCCCCAAGAAGACUCCCCCCGUCUGGCACCCUGAUAUCUACGGUGGACAGAGCUUCACCGACCCCUGGUCCAAGCGCACCGUGACCGUUCCCGGCUGGAACAGCUUCUUCACCCAGAAGCGCGAUCCCUAUGAGGAUUUGGUCCUUCUCGCCACCGAUCUCGGCGUUGCCGGUGUUGACAUCGACUACGAGGAGUUCUGGCACGCCGAUACCUUCAAGACUGGCGAUGCCAAGUGCGACAAGCCUUGCCAUCUGUACCAGACCGUCUACAAGUACAGCGCCAUCAUCAAGGACAUCAUCCUCAGCAUCCAGAAGCACCAGCCCUCGCUCAAGGUCUCGACGGCCGCCAGUGCUGCCGGUGCCUGGAGCACCGACUGGUGGGGUGGCAACCUCAAGGGUAUCUGGUACUAUGCCAACCAGUACUACCCCGACAUCAUCAAGUUUAUGUCCACUGGCGCCAAUGCCGGCGGCAUCAACAUCAUGAGCUACGAUCUGUCCACCAGCGAGGCCUCGCAGGAGUGCCCCGCCCCCGGCGUCUGCUCGCUGCAGCAGCAGGUUGCUUUCUACAUGGGCACCUACGACACCGCCAAGAUCCCCGCCAACGUCGGCUACGAGAUCGGUACCCCCGCCUACCCCACCGAUCCCCAGUACAUGGCCAACCUCACCACCUCCGCGGCUCCCUCCAUGAUCCAGGCCUUCCACCCCAAGUACUCUGGCGGUUUCUACUGGGAACUCUUCAAGACCCCAGACUCGUCUGACAACAUCGAUGUCACGUCCCUUUCCCAGGAUCUCUGCAAGGCUCUGAUUCCCGGCAGCAGCCGCUGCAGCGGCACCGUCCCCGGUGUCCCUGUCGGCCCUCCUCCGGCCACCAGCACCACCAAGGCCGUCAGCACCACCAAGGCCACCUCCAAGACCACCUCCACCACCACCACUACUACUACUACCCCUGCCAAGACCACUGGCAAGACCACCAAGACCACCGGCAAGUCCAAGACCACCAAGAAGACCAAGACCACCAAGACCAAGACCACCACCAAGGCCACCAAGAAGGGUAAGAAGACCAAGACCAACUAAACCACACCUCCUCGGCACCAACCCACAACCAGAUUGAUUCUGGCCUCAACGCGCCGAGCAGGACCCUGUCGAUGUCGGCUGUAUGGGCUGCAGCGUCGGCUCUUUGUUUCCCUCCCCCAUCCCAUCAUACAAUCCCUCACAACCCGCUUGUAAUUCCACCCGCUCGCUUUUCCAAGCAGCCGUAAUAUAGUUCCAUCGACUGGC